CUCCCGGCGGCGGCGGCUCCCGGCGGCCGGUCGGACGGGGAGGGCGCCCGCGGGACAGCCAUCUCGUUGGAAAGAUGGUUCUUCAUUUCAACUCCCUUUUUGGCUUCCCUGUCAUACUCCUGUACCACUGGAUGGGUUCAGCUGUGUCCUUGAAUCUGGAAGAUCCCAAUGUGUGUAGCCACUGGGAAAGUUACUCAGUUACAGUGCAAGAGUCAUAUCCACAUCCUUUUGAUCAGAUUUACUACACCAGUUGUACUGACAUCCUAAACUGGUUCAAGUGCACACGACACAGGAUCAGUUACCGCACUGCCUACAGACAUGGUGAGAAAACGAUGUACAGGCGCAAAUCCCAGUGCUGCCCUGGAUUCUACGAGAGCAGGGAGAUGUGUGUCCCUCACUGUGCUGAUAAAUGUGUGCAUGGCCGUUGCAUUGCGCCCAACACCUGUCAGUGCGAGCCUGGCUGGGGAGGACCCAACUGCUCCAGUGCGUGUGACAGCGACCACUGGGGACCCCACUGCAGCAGCCGCUGCCAGUGCAAGAACGGGGCGCUGUGCAACCCCAUCACGGGGGCCUGCCACUGCUCUGCAGGCUUCAAGGGCUGGCGCUGCGAGGAGCGCUGCGACCCCGGCUCCUACGGCAACGACUGCCAGCAGAAGUGCCAGUGCCAGAACAGAGCCACCUGCGACCACGUCACCGGCGAGUGCCGCUGUCCCCCCGGAUACACCGGCGCCUUCUGCGAGGACCUGUGUCCCCCCGGGAAGCACGGCCCGCAGUGCGAGGAGAGGUGCCCGUGCCAGAACGGAGGCGUGUGUCACCACAUCACCGGGGAGUGCUCCUGCCCGCCAGGAUGGAUGGGCAUGGUGUGUGGUCAGCCUUGUCCUGAGGGUCGUUUUGGGAAGAACUGCUCCCAGGAGUGCCAGUGCCACAACGGAGGCACCUGCGACUCGGCGACGGGCCAGUGCCACUGCAGCCCAGGCUACACGGGGGAACGGUGCCAGGAUGAGUGCCCGGUGGGGCGCUACGGGCUGCUGUGUGCGGAGAGCUGCCGGUGCGUGAACGGUGGCAAGUGCUACCACGUCAGCGGCGCCUGCCUCUGCGAGCCGGGCUACACCGGGCAGCACUGCGAGACCAGGCUCUGCCCCGAGGGCAUUUACGGCCUCAGGUGUGACAGAAACUGCCCCUGCCACAUGCCCAACACGUGGAGCUGUCACCCCAUGUCUGGGGAGUGCUCCUGCAAGCCAGGCUGGGCUGGGCUGUACUGCAACGAGACGUGCUCGCCGGGCUUCUAUGGGGAGGCGUGCCAGCAGAUCUGCAGCUGCCACAACGGGGCCGACUGCGACAGCGUCACCGGCACCUGCACCUGCGCCCCUGGCUUCGAGGGUGCAUCUUGUGGUACCCCUUGUCUCCCUGGGACAUAUGGCGUGAACUGCUCCUCCGUGUGCAGCUGCAAGAAUGGGGCCACCUGCUCACCUGUGGAUGGCUCUUGUGCCUGCAAAGCAGGUUGGCAUGGUGUGGAUUGCUCCAUAAAUUGCCCCAGUGGCACGUGGGGACUGGGCUGUAACCUGACCUGCCAGUGUCUCAAUGGAGGGGCUUGCAAUGCUCUGGAUGGAACCUGUACCUGUGCCCCAGGAUGGAGGGGAGAGAAAUGUGAGCUCCCGUGCCAGGAUGGUACCUACGGCCUGGGCUGCGCCGAGCGCUGCGACUGCAGCCACGCCGACGGCUGCCACCCCACCACGGGCUACUGCCGCUGCCUCCCGGGAUGGUCAGGUAUUCACUGUGACAGUGUGUGUGCUGAGGGACAGUGGGGUCCCAACUGCUCCUUGCCUUGUUACUGCAAAAAUGGAGCAUCCUGCUCUCCAGAUGAUGGCAUCUGUGAGUGUGCACCAGGAUACCGAGGCACCACUUGCCAGAGAAUCUGCUCGCCCGGCUUCUACGGCCACCGCUGCAGCCAGACGUGCCCCCAGUGCGUGCACAGCAGCGGGCCCUGCCACCACGUCACCGGCCUGUGCGACUGCCUGCCCGGAUUCACAGGAGCCCUGUGCAACGAAGUAUGUCCCAGUGGCAGAUUUGGGAAGAACUGUGCUGGAAUAUGCACCUGCACCAAUAAUGGGACUUGUAAUCCUAUUGAUAGAUCCUGUCAGUGCUACCCUGGAUGGAUUGGUAGUGACUGCUCUCAGCCCUGCCCACCUUCCCACUGGGGACCAAACUGCAUCCACACGUGCAACUGCCACAAUGGAGCUUUCUGCAGUGCCUACGAUGGGGAGUGCAAGUGCACCCCGGGCUGGACUGGCCUCUACUGCACACAGAGGUGUCCCCUGGGCUUUUUUGGGAAGGACUGUGCCUUGAUCUGCCAGUGCCAGAACGGAGCCGACUGCGACCACAUCAGCGGGCAGUGCACAUGCCGCACGGGCUUCAUGGGGCGGCACUGCGAGCACAAGUGUCCCCAGGGCACGUACGGGUACGGAUGCCGCCAGAUCUGCGACUGCCUCAACAACUCCACCUGUGACCACAUCACAGGCACCUGCUACUGCAGCCCGGGCUGGAAAGGGGCCAGGUGUGAUCAAGCUGGUGUAAUUAUAGUGGGGAACCUGAACAGCCUGAGCCGUACCAGCACUGCCCUCCCUGCUGACUCCUACCAGAUAGGAGCCAUAGCUGGCAUCAUCAUCCUUGUCCUGGUGGUGCUCUUCCUGCUGGUGCUGUUCAUCAUUUACAGGCAGAAGCAGAAAGGGAAGGAGACACACAUGCCCACUGUCACCUACACCCCUGCCAUGAGGGUCAUCAAUGCAGACUACACCAUUUCAGAAACCAUCCCUCAUGCCAAUGGUGGAAAUGUCAACAGCCACUACUUCUCCAACCCCAGUUACCACACUCUGACCCAGUGCUCCAGCCCACCUCAUGUCACCAACAUGGAGAGACUGACCUUGGCAAAGGCAAAAACCAGCCAGCUGUUUGUGAACCUGAAAAACAUGGAGCCUGGAAAACGAAGUGCUGUCAUGGACUACACGGGAACCCUGCCAGCAGACUGGAAACACGGCGGCUACCUCAAUGAGCUCGGUGCUUUUGGACUUGAUAGGGGGUAUGUGGGGAAGUCCCUGAAAGACCUGGUGAAGAACUCAGAGUACAACCUAAGUAACUGCUCACUGAGCAGCUCUGAGAACCCCUAUGCUACCAUCAAAGACCCACCAGCUCUGGUGCCAAAGAGUUCAGAAUGUGGCUACGUGGAAAUGAAGUCCCCGGCGCGCCGCGACUCCCCCUACGCCGAGAUCGCCGGCUCUGCCACGGCCAGCAAGAACGUGUACGAAGUUGAGCCCACGGUGAGCGUUGUCCAGGGCGCGUUCGGCAGCGGCAGCGGGCGCCUCGGCCAGGAUCCCUACGACCUCCCAAAAAACAGCCACAUUCCCUGCCACUACGACCUGCUCCCCGUGAGAGAGAGCCCCACGCCCUCCACAGAGGGGCUCAGCAGCAAAUGACCCCGCAGGGAGCCGAUGCCUGCAGCCCUGGGACUCGCGAGGGGCAGAGCAGCGCAGCCGCGCUCCCUCCGCUCUCGUUUACCGUCGCUCUGAGCUCCUGACCUGUCCUGCAGAUAAUUGCUGUACCUUGAGCAGAAUCUCAGCACGAGGUCUGUGUUGUGUAUACAAGUGACAGAUGGACAAAUGCCACACUCUGGGGAUCCUGAUUCUUCUUUUUUUUUUUUUUUCAUGGCAGUAAAUUUUAUAGAAACAGGUAUGCAACACAUUUAUACUGUAAUAUACUGGCUUAAAAAAAAAAUAGUAGUUUGCAGAUUAGUAUUGAUAACAUCACAUUUUAGCAACUUCAAAUAUAGGCUUCAUGUCUGUCAUGUUCCAGAGUAGUAAUACUCCCAGGACAGUGCAAUUUACCAAAUACCACUUUGUACAGGUGAUCUGAUUCACCAGUUACUCACUCGUAGAAGGAAAACUGCCUUGCCAAAUUUUACCUUCCAUUCUUAUCUUUAGUCAAGACAUACUACAAGAAACAAGAUCUGAUGGGGAUAAGGAAGCACAGUGUUGCAGUUGUUUGGGAGAUCCACCAUCAGGCUUUGCUGUCUCCAUUGCAGGUGGUGGAUGUACUUGGCUUGAAUAGUUCUGGAGAUAAAUGAUUGAUGAAAUAAAUACAUCAAUAUUUACAUGAUGCUUCAAGAUCUCUUAGUACCGUAGACCCAGCACCAGUCUUCAACAAGUAUUUUGCUACAGUUCAGCUUCAUACGUUGCAGUUCUGACCACUGUUUCUGCCACACACAAACUAAUAAUCCAAAACAUAUCAGUUAUUACUUCAAAAAAGAUGUAAAUCGAAUCAGUUUAUUUUUGACACCACGGACUGAUUACGUAAGGAGUGGACAAAGGUGAUGACUUCUGUAAAUCUUAACUGCAAGGAAGGGUUUACAUUUUAUAAAAAGGUAGUAAUAAUUACUGUAAUAUAGGAUAAAGAUAGUCAAGUGUUCUGACUUUUUUUUUUCUUUGAAAUAACUAAGCAAACUCUGUGCAUACUUGCUAAAAAGGCACCUUUUCUUUUUUUAUAGUUGACGUAGGGAAACACAUGCUUAAGCUGGUCUUUUGCAUUGCUAAUAAUGUGACACAUGUACCCCCCCUCACCUUCAUUAACUUCUCUCUCCAUUUUUACGCUGUGUGUCUGUGUUUUUAGUGAGCUAGCUUGUAACUGAAAAAAUAUUCUAGUGUGUGUGUGUGUGUCCAUUUCUUUUGCAUUUUUGCCAACUGGCCUUUUGUUUGUCCGGUUCAAGGGACCUCUGGGCAGAGCAAGAGUAUCCAAGUAAGAAUUCACAGUGAUGUCAAUCAGGGUGAUUAAAAAAUACCUGACAGUUCAGACUAAUUGAUUAAUUUGGGGGAAGAAAAUCAAGGUGUUUUGUUGAGAAUAACAACAAAAACACAGAAAUAAAGUAAAAACCAAUUCCUCCUUAAAGUUCAGCUUAUUCUGUUGAUCAUGUGGAUGGAGAUCAUCUUCCCAAAACAGCCCCUUUUUCCCAAAAGAGGCUUUCAGUCCUUCCAAAGUAAUCUCUUACGAGCUGCACGAUUUGGUGGAAAUCAAAUUCACCAAGGGAUCCAUCCAUUGGACAGAAUUUUCCCCAAACCCAUCAACCUGAAGAUUACAUGGCUGUUACAGAUGAGAUAUUCUCUCUCAGUGAAAAGUUAUUUUUAGGAAGCUAAGAGUGAGGUGCCAGCAUUUAAUGUGACCUGGCAGUGCCUCUGCAGCACCUGGUCCUGAGGGUUGCUGUGUCACUGAUGGAUGGGGAGAAGGAUCCUGGCUAUUCUGCAGUUCCCUGGGCAUUUCUGGUACAUCCUUGGAAUAAAGAAUUCCAUUACCUUUGGAUUUGGAAAGUACAGGUAUUAGCUAGGAGAUUUCUAAGGCUCCUUGCCAUUUAAUCCCUGUCUAAGAUGAAGUAUUGAUUGGGUUUGUAUGCAUCUAGAUAAAAUGUAGAGCUACUGGUAUAUACAUUUUUUUUUGUAUUGUGUGAAACAGACUUUAAAAUAAAACCUUUCUUCUCUAAAGCCAUGAAUAGAAAAUGCUGCAUUUAACAAUUGGGAGUUCAAAAAACUUGCUCUUUUCGAAGACCACUAGGUAAAUUAUCUUUAUCACAUAAACAAUUCUUUUAACAUGGAAAAGGGAAGAGCUGAAUGAAUGUUGGGAUGUUUUUUAAAUUUAGCCAGCACUCAGAGAAUGGGCUUCACUUCACCACAGACAGGAAUGGGAAGGGAUGCCUUGCCUCUAUGUGUUCACAUUGCAAUAGGGACAAAAUGUAGCAUUGAAAAUGGAGGCAGCUCUCCCCUGGCAGCAUGUCACCAUUUCAAUAAAAAGCUGCACCAAGUUAAUAGCUGAUUUAGGUAGUGAAUAUAAACUUUAGGCUUUAAAUACUGUAGGCAUUAUUAAUUCAGGCCACUUAGAAGCGUAACAAACCCCACAGCUUUCUGCUACAUCCAAGAUUUUAAUCACAACACACUGUUACACAUAAAAUCUGUCCUUAUCUUGAUCUACCCGAGAACUUCCAUUAACUUUAAUUGGAGAUGCACAUGCAGAUUACAGGAAGAAAGAUUUCAUUGUGCUCACACUUUCUGCUGAGACAAUCUGCAAGUUCAUACUGAAGUGCAGUUAGGAUAAAAUCAAAAGCAAGGAAUGUGUUACUCUAAAAAUUUUCAAGUACACUAACAACAAUUUUUUUAUCCAAUAUGUGUCCAAAUAGUAAUUCUUACACCGAAGCUCCAAAGUCCAGACUGAAGAUCACAGAGCUAGUUUUGACAAAAAAUGCUUUAUAUUAAAGAUUGUAUAUACGGUAUCUGAAAUCACUGAAAGCAAAUGAGUGUAUGUAGAGAAAACCUUGUCAUUUGAUACACUCAUCCUAGUGCUAGAGCACUGAACAUAACUUUGCAGUUUUUUAGCCCACAAGACUUCACUUUGAUAUGACUGAACUGUAUUAUAUUUUUAAAGAAAACCUAUCAAGUAUGGCUGGCUUUUUUUUUCUUAGUUGUAACAAAAAAAAAGUGUUUUGUUGUGAAAACAUAUAUAUAUUUUCCAAAGAUGACUGAUGUUCAUCAUUCUCCCUUUCACUACCAUAUAUUUCACUUCACAUC